AUGAGAGCUAUUGUAUUGCUGUGUCUGCUGCAUGCAGCCUUUGGUCAGGAUACUGGCUUUUCCUGGGACGGACCCGUCCGUGUUGGGAACACAGACCCCAGAGCAAGCAGUGCCAGCCGCACAGCCUUCUCUGUUGCUCUAUUCAAUGAUACCCACUUUAAGUGUUACGGCCCCUUUGAUGUCAACACCAUCAUCAUUUACAAAAAUGUCUUCCUUAACCUGGGUGGCAACUACAAUGUGCAGACCGGUAUCUUCACCGUUCCCCGCUCUGGUGUCUACAGCAUCGCCCUCAGUGUCUACAGCGACGCUGGUGCUCCUGGUAACACCUUGGUCGCCUGUGCCAGUCUACAAGUUAACGGCCAGGUGGUGGCCGGGAUCAGAGACCAAAAUAAGAAUGACCAAGAGGACAGUGCCACUACUGUUGUGGUUCUGCAUCUGAAGGCUGGGAAACAAGUGACUGUCAACCUGUCCUUUUGUUCCUGUUGGGAUCACUAUUUCUCUGUGGUCGUGUGGAGGCCCAGUCCUCCAUCUGAUGUACUAAAACAGGCUACACUCCAAUGGGAGGGAACUCUGACCUGUGAAAAGUGGGACUGCAAUUGUACUUUCCAUCGUCAGCGUGGCUGCUGCUGUGCAGCCAAUGAUCUGUACCAAAUAGAGGAGGAUUCCUUCAUAAAGAUUAAAUAUUUGUGGCAGGGUAUCAGCUCACUGAACAGCAGAGUACAGGCGCUCACAGGCAUCAAGGUUGCCUUCAAAGCCACCAUCGACCCAAAUAUUGCCAUCAUACUUCCUGGAUAUACUGACCACUGCUUUGGUCCAUUCAACACUAAUGUGCCAAUCCCCUACUCCUCCAUCACUCUUAACGAUGGCAAUGGAUACAACCCUUCCUUGGGUGUCUUCACUGCCCCUUUUCCUGGUGUUUAUGUCUUUUCCUUCACAGUCUACUCAAUUGUGACAAAGAAUGAACGGCUCUACCACAAAGUCCAGCUGGUGAAGAAUGGGAAGCUGGUGGUCAGUGUGUGGGAGGACAAUCGAGAAGAUAAUGAAGACAGUGCAAGUCAGGUUGCUGUGCUGGAGCUGCAGAGAGGUGACCAGGUCUACGUGGAGCUGAUGUAUGGGAGGAAGCUUUGUAAAGACCUGCAGUACAAUAUCUUUACUGGUUACAUGCUGUACCCCUACACUGCUGAGUAAUACACCAGCUACUUAAACUUUCUGACUCCAGGGCCUGUGAAUCUAUUUAUCCUCAACUGAAAUCCUGAUUCAUGAAAACAAACUAAUGUUCUUUGUCACAUACUGAAAGUAGGUUUGUGACCUAUCGUGGAACAAGCCCCAUAGUUUAAGAACCCCUCCAGUAGAGAUAAACAAGAUAAGAUGUACACUCAUAGACUGACGCAUGUGUAUGCAGGCAUUUAUGAUCAAACGCAAAGAAGGGCACACAUAUUUUUGCAUAGCAUGAAAACAGAAAGUCACAUGUCAGGAAAUAUUUGUAUCACACAUAAAUAUUUGAGCAUGCAUGUGAAUAAACUACAAUAACUGUGUCUACCCACAGAGGAAGUGUGAUUUUUUUAAUUUGCACAUUACGUUUAUUUGACAGGUGAUACCUUUACUUUGUGGUAUUUAUUUUAACACACACACACACACACACACA